GAGUCAGAAAUCCUGUUAUAUACAAAAGAUUGUUUACCAGGUGCGACGUUAAGAAUUCUAUUUAUAUACCGAAAAUUCAUUUUUCCACAGGCUCAAAUUGACUGUUCCUGAAUUUUCUGAAAGAAAUUAACAAUUUUUCUCAAGAUUUUCUUUUCUAAUUUUUCUAUGAAAUAGUUGGCAUAGAUUAUUUUCUAUUUCAUGAAGAAAAUUAGAAAAGAAAAUCUUGAGAAGGUGGAAGAAUAAUGGGACUGUAAAUUGCUAAGAAAAUAAAUUUGUAUUUUUAUUGGACAGCAUUGUAAUUUCUAAUGAAGUGCAACAGAUUUUAAUGUUGGCCAAGAUUCUCAUGUUGUGUAUUCAUCACCAACCGUACAUAAUAAAGAAAAUUGGUUAGUGGGAGCCUAAAGUUGGUGAGUUGCCAAAUCUGCCCUGCUAGCUUUACAAGUGAUCUGAUAAUGGAUGCUAAAAUUAAAGCUGGUGGAUCGAAGAUGUUAUCAGACUUGGCUCAACGGCUCCGCCUGCAUCAGCCUUAUUCGUCUGAAAAUGGUAUUGAUGCUGCCAACAUUGUUAGUUAUGACAGGCCACCAAGACUGCAGACUGAUAGAAGAGCUGCAGUUCUGAUCUGCAUAUUUGAAGGAGACAAUGGUGAUCUGCGAGUCAUUCUCACUCAGCGUUCCUCCACUCUCUCGUCUCAUUCAGGUGAAGUGGCACUUCCUGGUGGAAAGAUGGAAGAAGGUGACAGAGAUGAAGUUGCAACCGCGUUGAGGGAGGCAAAUGAGGAGAUUGGUUUAGACCCUUCACUUGUUGAAGUCGUUUCCAUUCUUGAACCUUUCUCUAUGAAGAAUGGCAUGGUAGUAGUGCCAGUAAUUGGCCUGCUUUUCGACAAAACUGCAUUUCAUCCCGCCCCUAAUGUUGCUGAAGUUGAAGCAAUAUUUGAUGCUCCCUUAGAAAUGUUUCUCAAGGAUGAAAACCGAAGACAAGUGGAGAGGGAAUGGAUGGGUUCAAAGUAUCUCCUCCAUUACUUUGAUUAUGAAGCCGAGGGCAGAAAGUACGUUAUCUUCGCUUUGACUGCUGGCAUCUUGAUAGACACUGCAUCAAUAGUGUACCAGCAAUCGCCUGCCUUUGUAGAGAUGAAGCCUAAUUUCUGGAAUAAACCUGAAAAUGCUAGAACUUCAUCCCAUCCUAAAUAACGUUUAGGCCACAUUCAAUUUGGGAUCGAAAUUUAUCUUACUUCAUAACUUUUUCUGGGGUGCAAAUGAUCAUGCAAAGUUUAUGAGAAACACCGAACAAAUAUAAUUUGCAUUGCAUUAUGUAUUUAUGUUAGGCCACAUCAAAAUCAUCAUUCACAUGUAUUGCUUUUGUUCUUUAAAUAUCAUUGCAUAUUUAACUUUAUUAAGGCUUGAACAAAAUUGUGAAACCAAACCGAAAACAUGUAUGAAACAAACUCAAAGACAAUA